AAAGGGUUUGGAGCCAAAGGUGGACUACGAGUCAAGAGUUCCCUCGUUUCGGCGACGAGAGCUCUCGUGGGUCUCCUCUCACGUCUAUUUGCCGGGUCUUUGUACCACAGGAUACAGAGAGGAUGACGUAUCUCCUGGUGCUGGGGUCCCUGCUGUUCCUGGGUGUCUCCUACGGAGACGGCCUGCAAUGCUAUAGCUGCAGCGAAACCACCCCUGUGCCGUGUAUGUCGGGUGAACGGACCUGCGCUACAGCCGCUGAGCAGUGCUCCAAGACCGUGGCUAAGGCUGGGGAUCAUGUGGGGUAUUUAGCGGGCUGUGCCAUACCUGAAGUGUGCAACCUAUACGCGGAACAAAUUUUCAAUGGCGUGAAAAACUCCAUAGAAACCUUCUGCUGCUCGACCGACCUGUGUAACGCGGCCCCGGCUGUCAGAAUGCCUCUGGUGACCGCCGCGGCCAUGGCCUUUGCCUGGUUGGCGUAUCUGCUGUAAAGCCGAGGCCUCCCCUACUCUCGCUGGAGCUCCACAACGUCCACCCAUCGCACCGUGACUCUCUGGGCUCGUUGGACGCUUGGGGUUUGGGGUGGGACGUGGGACGGGGGGGGGGGUAACGGUGGGGGGGAAAUAUUGUUUGAAUUUUAACCCGUGAGCGGGAGUGGGACGUGAAUGUAGAUUUGCCGAUCGCAGGUCAUUCUUUGCUUCGAACAAAUGAUUAAAGGAAACUGUUCAGUUGC